CAGUAUUGUAGUACAAAGCAAAGCGAGUUGUGUCAAGAAUUACUGCGUUUUUUACGAAAAAUAAUCUCAAAUUACAGUAGGAAAAUGUAGAAUUCAUUGUUCACGUAAUGUUAAUUAAUGAUUUUUAAACAUUAAAUGUACAUAUUAAUUAGUUGUGUGUUUAUAAGCGAACAGUCUGCUUAGUGUUGUGAUGUGUGUAUCAAGUGAUUAUAAUAUUUUAACAUAUUGUGAACCUAUUGAGUGAUAAAAUUGUUAAAAUGGCAAAGAAAUCGGAUAAUACCGGCGGUAAGCUGGUCACAGUUUCUGUCGUCGGACUUUCUGGUACUGAGAAGGAGAAAGGGCAGCUCGGAGUCGGCAAGUCUUGCCUCUGCAACAGAUUCGUCCGUACACACGCCGAUGAUUACAACGUUGAUCACAUCUGCGUGUUGAGUCAGUCGGACUUCAGCGGGCGCGUGGUGAACAACGACCACUUUCUGUACUGGGGCAGCGUCUCCAAGGAGAAUGAUGACCAGGAGUACAGGUUCGAGAUCGUCGAGCAGACCGAGUUUGUGGACGAUGCUUGUUUUCAGCCGUUUAAAGUCGGCAAAACUGAGACGUACGUAAAGAGAUGCGUCGCCACAAAGCUUCAGUCUGCUGAAAAACUGAUGUACGUGUGUAAGAACCAGUUGGGGAUUGAGAAGGAGUAUGAUCAGAGACUGAUGCCUGAUGGGAAACUGUCUGUGGACGGUUUCCUGUGUGUCUAUGAUGUCAGUCUCGUGCCUGGACGGACUUGGGAGAAGCAGAACGAAGUCCUGGCAGCAAUACUCCAGAACAUUCUAAAGCUCAAGAAACCAGUGGUUCUGGUGACAUCGAAGAAUGAUGAGGCGUGCGAGCAGGGAGUCAGGGAGGCUGAGAGGCUGGUGCAGCGCAAGGAGUUUAAAGGCAGCAUCCCCAUCGUGGAGACAUCCAGCCACGAUAAUGUGAACGUGGACCAUGCGUUCUUCCUGCUUGCUCAGAUGAUUGACAAGUCUAAGGCUAGGAUUAAGGUGGCGAACUACGCAGAGGCUUUACGAAUAAGAAGAGAGACGCUAGACUUUGUCACCGAAGCCUUCACCCAGCUCAUUAGGAUGCAUGUGCAAGAUCAUAAGGAGAUGUGGUCGGCAGCUAGCAAGAGAUUGUGUCACUACCCGGAGUGGGUCAAGUUUGUCCAGCAGUUUGGAAACGAUGGGACACAAGUCGUGUUCCGUCGUCACAUUCGAAGACUGAAGGAGGAGCGCUCAGCCAAGAAACUCCGCAAGCAACUAGCCAAGCUUCCACAAGUACUGUCUAGAAUGCAGCUACCCACUGAAGACUUGCAGGAGAACGACUGGCCGAUGGUAGUCCGUCAGCUGCGCAGUCACCGCGACUUCUCCGUGUACUUCAGCGAGGGUCGGCACCAGGACUCCGGCUCCGAGUCUGGCUCUGAGCUGGACAGUCCACUCGCUAUUGAUACCACGCUACGGGUUGGUGAGCGAGCUAGAUACCAGACUUUGGGACAAUCGCAGAAGAUUCCUUACGAGAUCCUGGAGUCGAAUGAGGCAGCGGCCGUCUUCAAGACGUUCCUGCAUGAAGCGCAGGAGGAACAUCGGAACUAUGAAUGGUGCCAACAAUUCAAGCGUCUUCUAGAAGAGACAGGCUACGUGACUCCUGGCAAGCAGUUGUCGGAGGUCCGCGUGCUACUGAUGGGGCGCGAGUGUUACGAGGCACUCGCUGAGGACCAGCAGCAGAGGGUCUACGACCAGCAUCAGAGGCAGAUACAGCGGCGGGCUAAGGAUAACUUCCAGGAACUGCUACUAGAGCACGCCGACCUGUUCUAUCACUUCAAGAGCAUAUCUCCAACUGGGACGAUCACGCAGGAAGACAUCAAGGAGAUCACUGAUGUACUACAGGACGAUUUCAGGUACAAGAUGUUGGACCGCAUGGAGCAGGACCGCAAGUUGAUGUUGUUCCAGCACCUGGGGUUCGUGCACUGCCCCAUGCGGGAGCACUGCCCCGCCGGGGCCAACUGUCUCGACGCCACGCUGCCCGUCAUACUCAAUACUAGAGUCGGGUCUCUGACAUCGACGGGCGAGUCUCAGUGCCACGCGGGCCCGCCGGCCGCGCCCUGGGCGCUGACUACUGACUCCAACCAGAUCAACGUGAUUAUACUUGGCGUGGAAGGCAUAGCGGGCGAGUUCGGCAAGCGUCUGCUGGCGGGCUGCGACGCCGAGCGACGCGUCAACGUCGCGGGCCACAGCUGGCGCGUCGAGCAACGCGUGCGGACCGACGACUUCAGCGCGGAGACCACUUGUAUUGAUGACUUCGCUCCUAAUGGAUAUUUCUGCGUAUACCAAGAUCAAGAAUCGUUUGAGUACAUCCGAGGAUGUGCUGAGAAGACGCUGCUUUCUAGCUUAGAACAAGAAGACAAGUUACCGUUCCAGGGUUUGCCUUUAGUGGUGAUGUUCGUUCAAGACGAGGGUCUGGACAAGAAGGAGUUGACCAGGCUGCAAGAAGAAGGGCAGAAUCUGGCUGACAACCUUCACUGUUCCUACAUGGAAGCGUCAGUGAACGAGCUAGGAACUGAAGCGCUUACCUCGGACGCCGUGCAAGAGUUAGUCCGUGCCAACAGGGAGAAGGCGAGCUACGCGCAUCUCUACAGAGAUGUCAUUGUGUGCUUCGAUUCUGAUAUCAGGAUAAUGGUAUGCAUGUUCUGCGACGACCCGUACUCCCCGGAGCGCGUGCUGAGCCCGCUCCUGCUGCACCGCGCCUGCUUCCUCACCGGGGACCGCUCCAUCGUCAUCGAGACCUUCCUCGGGGACUCCAAGCGGAAAGUCGAGGUCAUCAUAUCAAGUUUCCAUGGAGCGAGUCAGUUCAGAGAGGAGUUGAUCCACGGCUUCAUCCUCAUCUAUUCGGCCAAGAGGAAGGCUAGCUUGGCUACUUUGAACGCCUUCUCAAUGAACAUACCGAACCUGCCCAUACAAAUGGUGGCGGUGACGGACGGAGGCGGUUCUGCCAGUACUUUCUUCGGCACGGACUUGGGUCACGCACUCAUCACCGAAGGAAAUGCCACGGCAGACAGACUGGCUGCCCACUUCACUACUUAUACUUCUAGUGCUGAAAACAAAUCGGCGUUCUACACGCCGUUCUUCAAGGAGGUGUGGGAGCGUAAGGGCGAGAUCGAGCGCGCCUUCCGCAUGGAGGCGCCGCACAACCUGCCCGACGUCGCCGCCGCGCGCCCCGCGCCGCCGCCCCGGAACCACUCCUACCAUCUCAACCACAUGCGUGAGCACAAGCUGACAAACUCGUUGGACCUGCUCAUCGGGCCCGACUCCCGCGCAGACAUCGACUCGGAGUACAGCGACACACUCAACAACUCCAAGAAUAGAGGAUUCCUGAAAGGUUUCAGCGUAUACCCCCCACCCAGCACGCCCCCAGAGCCGGCCCCACCAGACCACAGGAUGCACGCAGACUUAUCACCGGACCUCAACUGUUCGGAGGAUUCCCUCAGCACCCAUGAGUCAGACGGUGGCGGUCUAUGGCAGCCAGCUAGCUAUGGACAUAGAGCCUUCACGACGGGACGCACUCGACCUCACCAGCCGCCGCCCAGGGUACGGCAUUCGCAGACGUUGAAGCAACCAGGCAAGUUGGACAUGAACAACUACACGAUGGUAAGCGAUGCGCUACAGCACAUCACGAUCGGACCUCCCGCUCACUCCAGAUCCGAUAGAAAGACGCAGCGUACCGGUUGGACCCACUCCAGUGGCCAGCAAGGUGGCCACCACCACCAUCCGUCCGGAGUCAGCUCCGAGACCGAACUGGAUGCACAGUAUGCACAGAUAAAAGAAACGAACGAGUACAUGGAGGCGCCGUCGAUGAUGCGGUUACGGAGACAUCGGAGGCACGACAAGACUCCGCUACACCAGCCUUCAUUCUCCGAGACGGACAGUUCGGGUUCGAGCUCCGGGUCGGGCGGCGGUAGUGCGGGCGCCAGCCGGGCGCAUGUACGGCGCCGGCAUAACGCGCACCAUGCGCCUAGGCACUAUAAGAAACGAUCGUUAGGUAACUUGGUAGCGGUGCAGAGUCCCCGCGUGCCCAAGCUGGGAAUGUUCGUGGGACCGCCCGAGCUGCCCACUGGGUACAGGGCCAGGACGCAGGAGGAUAAAGCUGCGAGCGAGUCCAGUGAAGGCAGUUCGGACGGAGAGUCCCGGAGGCCUAGGCCUUUGCCCCCGCCGCCACACCACGAACCCACGCAUAAGAUAUUAUCAGGAGAAUACCCAUCAUCAGCUCAGGACAACUCCUCAUCGAGCGCAGCAGACACGCGGCGGCGUCAUCCCUUCAGCAAGCAUGAUCGUAGGCAUAAGGAAUUCUCAAAGAGCAAAGACUCAAAGAAGAAUGCGCCUCAGAUGAACAACACACAGAAUCCACAGAACUGGGGUCCACAGGGCGCGCACGGCAUCCCUCUGUUCGUGGAGAAGUGCGUGGAGUUCAUAGAGAGGGAGGGCCUGGCCUCCGAGGGACUGUACAGGGUGCCGGGGAACCGGGCGCAUGUCGAUAUGCUGUUCACCAAGUUUUAUGAAGAUCCUAAAAUAGAUUUAGAUUCCCUGGACAUACCUGUGAACGCGGUGGCGACUGCACUGAAAGAUUUCUUCUCGAAGAGAUUGCCGCCCCUACUCGACGAGGCUAGCAUGGCUCAGCUUGAGGAUAUCGCCAAGUCGUGUGUUCCAGCGAUGCGCGGGUGCUUCGCGGGCGGCGUGGAGCUGAAGGACCGCUCGUGGCGCCUGCUGGCACUGCGCUCCCUGCUGCACUCCGCGCUCACACCCCUCGCGCGGGCCACGCUCGACUAUCUACUGCACCACUUCGCCAGGGUGGCAGAUAACUCGAAGCUAAAUUCAAUGGAUAGCAAGAACCUGGCGAUCUGCUGGUGGCCGACCCUCCUUCCGGUGCAGUUCUCGGACAUGGGGCGGUUCGAGAUGACCAGGCCGUACCUCGAGGACAUCGUGCAGACCAUGAUCGACCAACACCCCUUUCUGUUCCGGGGGCAAGAGGCUUUUGUUAUGGUGUGAGGACAGUGUGAACCCACAAUGCAGGUUGCAUUCGUGAUGGACGACGUUUGACGUCGCCGCGCCGCGGUCGGUGACCGGCGCCGUACUGCCGCCGACGGGCCCCGCUUACCAUACGAUAUAUAGCGCGUAAGUUAAAGCUACUAUAUGUACUGUGUGACGUGGACGUGGAACGUGACGUCACAACCAUGACGUCACAAUCCACACACACACCCACACACACGAUAUUGCGAUUAUUCAAAUUGAACCUUAAGUAAUCGCAAUAACGUCCCUUUAUUGGCAAGCUAUUGUUGUUCUAAAAUGUAGGUUUUUACUAUAUAUAAAUAUGUCUGUCGGUCGGUCGGUAUUCAGUAUGAUUAUUAAUAUUAGACGGAUAAUGUUUAUUUUUCCAUGCGAAUUCUCAUAUCAGUGACGCUUAGUGAUCGCGUAUCGACGUUGCUUGCAUUAUAAAUAUUAAUUUCCUCCCAUUAUUUUACAUAACGAGUAAUUAUUAUAUAGAAGUUAUCCAAUUAUAAACGCAUUUGUAUAGUUGUAAGUGGAAAUGCACAAAAAAGUAUUUAAACGAAAAUGUUUUUUAAAUAUAAGGUAACACUGGUAUGAUAUUUAAACAAUUUAUAUUUGUAAUCUAUUAAUGGCAACACCAUGUAUUAAGCACAUUCCGUUCAAAAAAUAUUAAGUGUUAAUAAUUAUUGGAAUAAUUAAAUAAUUAUAGUUAUCCUACCCCGGUUUGUAUAUGUCGUAUAAAGAAAUGCUUGAGGGCGCUUGUUUUUUUGAAAUAUUUUUAUAUGGCAACAUUUUUGUGGUGACGUCACGUGUCUCUUGUGUGUAUUGGCUGGUUUUAGCCGACUUAAAAGUAGGAGGUAUUGUAUUUAAAUUAAAUAAACCCAAAUACCCAAUCCCCGAUUAGGUGAAAAUAGUGAUUUCUUUAAAUUAAUGCAGCUAAAGGAGUAAAUCCAAGAGGCACUUAUAGUUUUAAUAAUAAUAACCAAAUUUUUACUUUUUUAUUUAUAUAAAAAAAGAAAACGCUUACCUUAUUUGUUUUAUUAAUACUUUUUCUUUAUUGUAAAUCUUGCCAUAAAUUGCCGCUAAAAUUGUAAACAGUAUUUUUUUAUAUGGAAAAUGUAGUAAUUACAAAAAUAUAAAGUUGAUACAAUGAACGGUGACGAGUUAUUUUAAUAAUAAGUCUUAUGACAUGAAUUAUAAAGUUCAAAAUUGAGCAUCACAUUUUAUUUCACACUCAUUGCAAUAUAAAAUCAUAAUAAUUGUUCCACUUUAUUUGUUUUUUAAAUGUGUCCGGUAUAUGGCAAUAGGCUCACUACCUAUUACAUGGGACUUAUAACGUAAAUUGUGAAAAGUGGGUGUACAUUGUACAGUGGCAUUACGUACCAUAAUGUGCACCUCUGCCUACCCCUUCGGGGAUUAAAGUAUGUAUGAACUUUAUUUGUCAAUGUAAAAUCUUUUACCGUGAUUUGUAUCAACUUUUCAAGCAAUUUUGAACCUAAAAGGCAGCUUUUUUUCUUAAUUUUCGAGACUGAUACCAGUUAGUUCCUUAACACUGAAUCCAAAAGGCGCACUUAAUUUUUAAAAAUAUUAAUUAAAAUUAAAAUGUUUGUUAGCGUGUCGUUUUUUGUAAUUAUUUGUUUUAAAUACCAAUGUUUCAAAAUGGGAUGUUUUUUAUAUAAAUUACUGGUUCCUGCCAAAGGCUUAUGUGCAAUAAUAGCCUAUGUCCAUACCAUCAGGUGAUAAGGUUGCUCAUAUCCCUAUGCUUUAAAAAAUCUCAGUUUCUAUACGUCUUUCUGAACAAACAGAAAGCAGAUACAGCACGGUUGGCGCGGUGACUGGGCAAUAUGCUGCCGCGCAACGUGUAGCGGGUUCUAUACCCGCACGGAACAACUCUUUGUGUGAUCCACAAAUUGUUGUUUCGGGUCUGGGUGUCAUGUGUAUGUGAACUUUGUAUGUUUGUAAACGCACCUACGACACAGGAGAAAAUACGUGUGGGGCAGGGUUUUUUUAAAUACAUUUUUUAUUAACAUAUAUUAAUCCGAUUAAAUUGAAAUUACAGAGAACCACUUACUAAGAUCCUUUCUUUACAUACUUCAAUGGCUUCUAUCACAUUCUGGUAAUAUAACUACGUCUAAUACAUAAGCAUUGGUAUUUAACUCGAAUAAAAAUAAGAAAACGUAUAGCUGAUGGCCUAUUUUAUAUGUUAAGUGUUAGACUGACGUAGUGUAAACGUGUAUCUCAUUAUUUUAACACUUGAAUAUGUCUAUACGGUCCGUAUAAUGCUUGGCUUGUUUCCAUAACAGCCAACAAUGGGAGCUACCGUCUUUUGCUCACUAGAUGGCGUUAAUCUAAAAAAGGUCAGUUUCUCCAAUCACUGUAGCUGUCAGAAAUUGAACGACCAAUGGUGUGAAGCUAGCUGAUUCACUAUUGGAUGAUUAACGAGGCACACUAGUGCCAUCUAGUGAGCAAGAAUGGUAUGUCUCAUGUAGUACGGACUUUUAUAUCUUCCAUAUUUCCAAACUAAUCUUAUGAAAUUAAUUAUAAUUUCAUUUGUGUCGUAAUGUAUGUAUGUAUGAGUCAGUAGUUUAAAAGUCGAAAGUCGACAUUUUCGAGUUGCGUAGUAGGAAAGUUUUAUUCUGCGUAUCGUAUCUAGGGGUGUUUUUUAAGGGUUGGACUGUUGACGCGAUUUUGGAAGCUUAAUUGUUGAAGAUGUCUUAAAAAUACCCCCCUUUUUGAGAGGAUACGGAACCUUCACGAGUGAAACUCGGUACUUUCGAAUGUAUAUUAAAGAAAAGUUUUGUUCUUACAAUACGACGAUUAGUUUUUAUAAUGUUCUUAUGCCAUUAGUGAGUAAGGAUGUAUGUGCACUUUAUAUGUUUGUUUCGUUUCUUCACUAAAUUAUGGCGGAGAACUUAUUUUGUAUGUAUCCCAUGUAUUGCUAUUGUAACGUGAAUCGCUUAAGUAUUUUUCAGUGUUUCAAGUACAUUGUUGUAUUCGUAAUGUAUUUUUUUAAUUGAAUAGUAUGAAUGUAAUAGCUAUUGGUCCAGAUAAUUGGCAUUUGAAAACGAACCUAAAAAAAUUUAAGCCAAAUCUUUCCACUAGUGUAUUUGUGUGGUUAAUGCCACGAUAUGAUAAUAGAUGGCGUGUUUCUAUAAAACAUUUGAAUGCCAAUCAGCUGUCAAAAUGAGUCUUCUACCUUAUUUCGCGUCUAAGUCUUCGACUAUUAUGAACUCUGUUACGUAUGUAUUAAGGUAGAUAUUACUCGAUUCCAUUACGUUGAUUUGCAAGAGCAAUUUCGGAUUUGUAUUAAGCAUCGCGAGUAAAGUAUAAUGAUGUAACUAUUUAAUAAGUAUAUUUAAUAUAUUAGGUGUCUUCAUUAAGCAUAGUUAAGAAUGUACGUAAGUUUUUAACGAUAUAAUGUCAUUAUAUGACUGUCUCACUCGCACGUACGCGAGGGGUGCGCGGUCGCGAGUGUGCGAGGGAGACAGGAAUCAUGUCCAUUAGGGGAAUGAUGUGAGGGAAUUUUUUAUAUUUUACUAUGAAUCGAAAAAGACAUAGAGCCUACCUGUGUUUAAAUAUUAUUUUUCUAGAAUUUUUCGCUUCCCCUGUAGAUCUCACUGGCGGUGUUACACCCUAUAUAUUUUAAAAAGUUAUUUUUUAAUGUAAAAUUUCCCCUAAUGUUAUUUCGAGAAAAAAAAAUGCAAUUUCUAUAUAAAUAUUCGAUGUAAAUAUUGUACAUUCGUUCAUUUUUUUAUUUUUAUUAUUAUUUUUUGCUUAAUUUAUUUAUUGAGAUAUUUUUUUAUCAAAGAGUUUUUAUAGCCAUAUAUUUGUUACUCCAUGCAAUAUUAUGAGUGUUUUUCUUUAAGUUGUAACAUUUAUUUUUUUAAUUUUAUCCUUUUUUUCAUUUUGUGCACAAUUUGUUUAUAUUUUUUUAAAGAAAAUUUCUUGAACGUGCCAUUUUAUGUUGAACGUGCGGUGAUUUCGGAGAUUCCUAAUAACUUGUUUUGGUAGAAAAUUCUUUUUGUUUUAUUUCCUGUAGGUUCUCGAAUGUUCUACAGUAGAAAUUCAAUGUACGCUUGGCUCUGUGGCCCGUCGUCGCCUGUCCGGCCUCUCGGUCGGAUGGUACGUGAAGAAUGCUUGUAUAGGUUAAAUGAUAAGAUUGUAUCGAAUAAUCUUUACUCAGAAUUCGAGUGAGGAUAGUAAGGUGCGUUCUGCCAUUGAUAUUAUUAUUAAACAGUAUUAUGGUGCAUUUAAAUUGAAUCUUCGGUGACUGUGUUUAAGGUUUAAGUUAGAAAUUCGACUGUCAUUAUUUAUUAUGAGACUACGAAUAUAGAAUUCGUCGUCUCAAUAUCUACACAAAUUAAGUUUUAUAUUUAACGUUCCCAUAGAAUAAAAGAAAGUAUGUUAUUUGCUAUACCAGACGAUAAUCUACCCCUGUUCGAAAUUUUAUCUCGAUCCCUUCAGCAGUUUUGACGUUAUUGAGUAACAAACAUAAUAAAUACACAAACACAUAAGCUCAUACUUUCGCAUUUAUAAUAUUAGUAAGAUGGGUGUUACAAAAGAGAAAUCAGUCCCACAUCCUUAAUAAAAUUUUGUAUUCUAGACUAUUCUUUACGAAUCCAAGUAUUUGCAAUAAACAGACGCACCUUACACUAAUGAUAGUAGAGUGAUCAAUGUUGUGAUAUAACUGUGGUGAUGUGGUGAUGUGGUGGUGAUGACCAGGCGCCCACGGGCCGCACGGCGUCCGUUUUGCUAUGCGUCUCAAUUACUGUAAAACGACUCAAAAGGAAUGUGUCAUAUUUUAUAAUAAAUAAUCAUCUAUGUAAUGAA